UCCUGUGCUCCCUGAGGCCCCGCCCCCCUGGUGCGCCUCCUCCACAUUCAGCUUCAGCCAGCUCACAACAACCUGUUCCCAGCUGCGCUCUGUCCGGACGACAGCGUCUCUCCUCGUAAUCUUCCACCAUGAGUGUCUUGGCCAGUGAGAAUGCUUUUCUGUCCGCCCUGCAGCCCAACACACAGGUCACCACCUACGGGCUCCCGUCUGAGGUCCAACUCGGGAACGGGGGCUCCGUGUCGGACGAGGUGUCGAGGACGCGGCGGGUCCAGCAGCAGGUCCAGAUGAGACUGGCCGAGAAGUCCACACUUCCGCGUCUGAAUGGAUCAGCCGCGCAUUACGCCAUGUCGGACUACGAUGGCUCUUUAACAACGAAAUAUCAAACCUACAACCCAAGCUUCAGCUCAAAGUCCUCCUACAUGUACUCCGGUUCCAGAACGAUGGGUCCUCGUGUAUCCCAGAGGUCGGGCUUCAGCUGCCAGUCUGCCGGCCCAGAUCUGGCCCAGAUCCACAAGAUCAGUGUCGGAGGUGGAGGAGCUGGAGGUGGUGGAUUUAGAGCUGGAGCUGGUGGUGGCGGUAGUUUUUACAGAGAGGACAUGCGUGUGGGCAGCUACCAAAGCAGACCCCAUCCCCGAAUGGACUCAGAGACCCUCUCUAUGCACACAAUGCGGCAGCAGCCCUUGCAUAUGAAUAGCUGGAUAGUCGAUAACAGCGACGCUGGCAGCUUAGUCUCGGAACGGGAUGCCACUUUCAACCGCCAGUUCAACCAGGGUACGCUCAACGGGUACACCACCCAGAUGAGGCAAGAAGUAAGCCCCAUGGUCAUGCAGCGAUCCCUCAGUGGCACUCUUAACCGUGGCGGAGGGAUGACAGGAGGGGAGACGGAGAUAGUCCAUCAACAUACUUUAAAAGGCCCGGCCCAGCGCACCAUCAGCAGGAUUACAAACCGAAACCGCAUGAGCAUGGGCUCCAUGUCUGGGAGCACCUACAGUAGAGGAGGGGACAUGGUGGAUAGAGGGGGGUUUAUUGCUUCCGGAAUGUCUUCGGCUUCCCAGGGGAACUUGGUGAUGCAGCGUCCAGGCACCAUGUCCCGCGCCAUGUCAUCCAAAAGCAUUCAGAGUGUUGGCCGGGGCAUGGACAUCUUCACUGGGCAGGUGGAUAUGGGAGCCAGCAUGGGGAAUCUCAGCGGGAUCGCCUCCUUGGACAUGCUCACAGCGGUGCAACACCUGAGGGAUUCUGACCAAGAUUUACAGGUUCUGGGCGCCGCCUACAUUCAACAUGAGUGUUACAACGACAGCGAAGCCAAACAUGAGGUGCGUCGUUUGAAGGGCAUCAGCGAGCUGGUGAGACUCUUCAACAGUGAGAACCAGGAAGUGCAGCGCUACGCCACUGGGGCCACACGCAACAUCAUCUACGAGAAUAUGGACAAUAAAGUAGCGCUGAUCGAAGAGGGCGGCAUCCCGCAGCUGGUCGAGGCGCUCAAGGAAAACGACGACGAGCUCCACAAAAACAUCACAGGUAUCCUGUGGAAUCUUUCAUCCAAAGACAACCUGAAGGAGAAACUGGCCCGGGAGACCCUUCCUGAUUUGACCGAGAAGGUCCUCAUCCCUCUGUCUGGUGGCGGAGACUACGACGACAUCUUUCAGUCCCCCUCCGAGGCCGACAUUUACUACAACACCACGGGAUGCCUCAGGAAUCUGAGCUCUGUGAACGAGAAGACUCGUCAGCAGAUGAGAGAGACCAACGGACUGGUGGACUCUUUGGUCCACUACAUCCAGUCGUCCCUCAAUGCGAACAAGGCAGAAGACAAGGGGGUGGAAAACGCAGUGUGUGUCUUGCGGAACCUCUCCUACCAGCUCUACAAUGAGAUGCCUCCAUCUGCCAUGAUGCGCCUGGAAGGACCAACCAGAGCUCAGGACUCAGGGAACGGCGAGGCCAUUGGUUGCUUUACACCUCAGAGCAGGAAAGCUAAAAACGUCAAGAACCAGGAUCUCUCCACUUUCACUGAGGUGGCACGGGUGCCAAAGGGUAUGGAGUGGCUGUGGCACCCUCAGAUAGUUGGGGUGUACAACCGCGUGCUGCAUCAGUGCGAGAUCAACUCCACCACCCGCGAGGCAGCCGCCGGAGCUCUGCAGAACAUCACAGCCGGAGACAUGAGGUGGGCAUCAGUACUGAGCCGGGUGGCUCUGGAGCAGGAGCGCAUGCUGCCAAUGCUGCUGGACCUGCUACGUACCAACAAAGACGUGGAGCUGCGUUCCAUCACAGGCCUCCUCCGAAAUCUGUCCCGUCAUGCCAAGGACAAGGGCAACAUGGCGACGAAGGUUGUAAACAACCUGGUGACCAAGCUGCCGGAAGAUGGGCACCAGAAGGAGCCGUCCAGCGAUGUAGUGGUGAACAUCUGUGGUAUUCUCAACAACCUGGUGACGGGCAGCUCUUUAGCGGCCAGAGACAUCACCUUCUUCGGCGGUCUGCCCAAACUGGUCAACAUCAAGGCCUCGAGUGGCACCAGCUCUGGGAAGAUGAAAGCAGCCAAAGCAGCAGCCACAGUUCUCUGCAACAUGUACCAGUACAAGAAACUGCACAGACAGUACAAAGCGAAAGGGUUCUCACGACUGGAUUUUUCUGAUAUGCUUUAAAACAAGUAAGACAGGUGAUGUGGUACACAUCCACUUCUUAAACACCCAUCAGUCCUGCACUCUACCAGCACCCUAUGGGAGAGCAGUAAAUAAACUCUUAAUUCAUUCCAAAGAUAACAGAAGAACAUGAACACAUCGGUGAUAGAGGAUCUACCUGCUGAAAGAAAAGAGUUUUGUGUGUGUUUUAAAAGUCAAUGGACUUUUGUAAGAAAUCCAGCUACGACGGAUUCAUCUGUGGAC